GAUUCAUUCCAUGGAUGAUCACAUAGUUGAAGAGAGAGAAAGUAGUUAGUUAGUGUGUAGUGUAGUGGUUUUUGUCAUUGUGUGAAGUUAAACACGCAGGAUUCAGACACAAAAGGAGAAACUGCUCAGAACAAAAAAAAAGAGCUCAUAAACUCUGCAAAAAACUCAGAGAGAGAGGUGUGACUUUGUUUGUUUAGUUAUUUAUUAUUAUUAAUUAUAAUAAAUCGAAGGUAGCCGCAUCAGAGUUUUGCAGAGAGAAAAAGAGAGAGUCAUGGCGGCGUUUGCAGUGCAGAGAUAGCUGUAAAAAGACUGUGGUACUGUUCCUCCUUUAUUAUAUUUAUUAAUUAUUAAUUAAUAAAAAAAAAAGCACGGUGAAGUGAAGCUAAUUGUGAAGAAUGAGUGAGUGAGUGGUAAUAACCGUAGAAAUUGAAAGCGCGAUUAACGCUGCUACCCCGACACUGUUUCGCCGUCUGUCUGUCCUUCCUUAACUUCAAUUCAAUUACCCUUUCCCAACCACAACGGUUAAGUAACAACACCACCAACAACAAUGUUUUCAUGUUCUAUGUGUUUUGUGUGUUGAGACGCACGCACUACACAUUCACCAAAAACAAACACACACAAAUCCCAAUUCUACUUUUGAUUUAGGAUUUUUCUUUCAUUCCAUCUUUCAUGUUGUUACUAAUAUUCUACUAUAAAGAAAACCGAUUAAGGUUUAUGAUAUGGAAAUUGAAUUAGAAUUACUGUUAGGUUUAAAGGUAUCAUCGUCGUCGUCAUCAUCAUCAAAACAAUGGCUGGUUUAUUCUCAUUAGGAGGAGGAGGUGGAAGAGGAAACCAAGAAGGUGAAUCACAACAACAACAACAACAAAAUCAGAUUCCACCAGCAGAGACACUAUUUUGGUACAACAAAAACGACGACGUUUCAUCCUAUAGAGGAUUAGAACUAUGGAACCAACAGCAGCAACAACAGCAGCAGGAAGAUGUAAUAGCAGGAGGAACGCAACAAGCACGGCCGUUUUUCUCGCGAGAUCUCUAUGGUUUAGGUGUGGGACCCAGCAGGGUUUCAUCAGAUGAUCAUCAGACGUCGAGAUCGGCAGCUGCCUUCAUGGCGAUGCAUCAUCGGUCAACAUCGUCGUCAGGAGGUGGUGUUGAAGGGAUAAGCUGUCAAGAUUGUGGUAACCAAGCUAAGAAAGAUUGUCCUCACAUGAGAUGUAGAACUUGUUGUAAGAGUCGUGGUUUUGAAUGUCAAACUCAUGUUAAAAGCACUUGGGUUCCUGCUUCUAGACGCCGUGAAAGACAACAACAAUUAGCUGCUACUACUACUACUACUUCUUCUAAUCCUAAACGCCCUAGAGAUUCUAACAAUCUUCAAAUUUCAACUCGUAAUUUUCCCUCAGGGUUAGAGGAAGCAAAUUUUCCUGCUGUGGUGAGUUCUCCAGCUGAGUUUAAGUGUGUAAGGGUUAGCUCAGUGGACGAUGCAGAUGAAAGGUACGCAUAUCAAACGGCUGUCAACAUUGGAGGACAUUUGUUCAAAGGAAUUCUCUAUGACUUUGGUCCGGAAACUAGUAGCAACAACAAUAAUACUAAUAUUAAUGAUCAUAAUUAUAAUAAUAAUAAUUACAUGAUUGGGGAAUCCUCCGGUGUCGCCGUAGCUCAGCCGUUGAAUCUCAUCGCCGAUUCUAAUGCUGCCGUUGUUGCUUCUUCUGGAGCGCUUGUUGAUCCUUCUUCCUUGUAUUCGACUCCAAUUAAUGCCUUCAUGACCACUAGUGGUACGCAAUUCUUCCCUCGCCCGAGAUCUUGAAAACAAAAAAACAAAAUUGAGAAUGAAAGAGAAGUUAUUAUUGGGAUGGCGUAUAUAUUAUCCCACACAUAUACUUCUCUUUCAUCAAUUGUGUUUCAAUCAUUUGAUGAUAUUGUUGUUGUGGCUUUAAGUUGUAGAGGAAAAUUUGACACACAUAUUGAAGUAGAAGAGAGGAUAUUAUAAGGAUAUUUGAUUUUUGUCUAAAAAAUUAUCAAUGCUUAGUUCAAAAAAUAGAUUUAAUAUUUUUCUCCUCCUUGAAAACUAGCCAAAGCUAUUGUUUCUUUCUAUGUACUAUAUGUUGGACCUCUAUGGUUCUAAUAUUAAUGUAGUUUAAUUUAGUGUA